AUGUUACAACAUAAACGAAAUCUAUCUUAAAAAAAUACUACUUUAGUCAUUAGUUGUUAAGAUAAAAAAGUGAGUAUUGACAUUUCUAUUGAGAGAAAUGUAGCUGAGUUAAUGAACAAAGUGAGUAUAAAAUAUAAAUUCAAUAGCUCCAUCAACAUCCAGAAACACCUAAUGCUCAAUAGAUUGUUGCAUUAAGAACAGCAUCUCACUCUAUCACCAUAGAUUAUCUAUUGUCAAUACCUAAUGAAAGAGGUAAGCAUUAUAAUGAUAAUUGAGCCUAACUAUCAAUUUAUAAGAUUAAAUAAGAAAAUUUAAUUGCAGUAUAUGGUAAACCAUAGACCAAACCAACCUUGACUUUAAGAGAUUUCAAAUUCGAAAAUUGUAUCGGAAAAGGUGGAACUUCUGAAGUCUAUUUAGUCAGACAUACCACUUCUGGUAGAUUAUUUGCACUUAAAAUGAUAAAAAAACAAUACAUAACUGAUUGUAGACGUCUAGAACAAGUACUAAGAGAAAAGAAAAUCUUAUCAUAAAUUUUAAAUAACUCAAAAUUUGUCAUUCCAUUGUAUGCGACCUUUGCAAUCAAAAAUCACUUAUGUUUUCUUAUGGAAUAUUUACCUGGAGGUGAAAUGUUUUAUCAUCUUUAACAUUAACGUUUCACAGAUGAGGAAGCAAAGUUAUACAUUUGUGAAGUUAUUUGUGCUUUAGAAGAAUUACAUCAACAUUAUAUUUUAUAUCGAGAUCUCAAAGUAAUAAAUAAAAUUAUGACUUUAGCCUGAGAAUAUCUUAAUCGAUCUUAAAGGCCAUAUCAAACUUACAGAUUUUGGACUCUCCAAACUUGAUUUAAAGGAUGAUGAACUUGCAAAUAGUUUUUGUGGAUCUCCUGAAUAUAUGCCACCUGAAGUUGUCAGUCGUUAAGGAUACUCUUAUUCAGCUGAUUUUUACACUUUGGGUUGCUUACUUUAUGAAUUAUUGAUUGGUUUACCACCUCAUUAUUCUUAAAAUACAGAAGAAAUAUUCUAUAAAAUUUAAAAUGAGGAAAUCACUUUUUCAGAUGAAUUAAAUUCUGAUGUUUUGUCUCUACUAUAGAAUUUGUUAGAAAAAGAUUAUAAUAAAAGAAUUCAUGAUUUUUCAACUCUUAAAAAAAACCCUUGGUUUGCUUCUAUUGAUUGGUCUAUUAUAAAAACUUAAUAAAUUAAAGAAAUGCCUAUUUCCUUUAAUUUGAAAACUAAUAUACAUCAAGAAUUCUUAUAAAUGGAUGUGAGUAAUUUAAAUUAAUAAAAUGAUGCUGGACAAUUUGAUAGUUGUGAUGAUCUUUAUGAUUUUUUUAAUUUUGUUAAUGAUUCCUUCAAAGAUGUAUUUUAAUUGAAAAAUAAAUUACGAGUGUAAAGUGAUCAUAUAAUUGAUUUAAAAUUACUCUAAUUGAGAAAACAAACUAAUAAUAAUAAUAAUAAUAAUAAUAAUAAUAAUAAUAAUAAUAAUAAAACUAAUAAAUUGUAAAAUAAAAAGAAAGAUCUAAAAUUAAAUUUAUAAGAUAUUGAAAAAUAAUUAAAUUUUUCUAAAAAAUUUUCUUAUACACCUUAAAAUAUUAUACCUUAAUCGUUAUAGCGUAAAUCUUUUUAAAAUUUAAUCAAAGAGAAACCUUAAAAUAAAAAUUAGGAUUAAAAACCAAUAUUUUCAACAAUUUUAUCAGACCGCCCUUCAUUUGAUAAAAAUUAAGUAUUUUUUUGAAAUAAAAUUUGUUUUUAGAUUUAAAACAUGUUAUCUACAUUAAAUAUCAAGAAGAAAGUAUAGAAUUCUCUGCAUCAAUAAGUUUCUUGUAGACCAAUGGAAUUAAAAAGAUGUUCUAGUUCUUCAGCUCAUCUGAAGUCUAAUUUAAAUAUAAUAUUGAAAAAAUGA